AUGUCCAAAAUUUCCACAUUUCUCAGUAGUUUGAGACCAGAUGGCGGUGGAGAUGCUCCUGAAGCUACGAAAACAGCAUUAAAUAAAGCAUUCGAUAUGAAUUUGGUUGAUUCUAAUACAAUAGUAUUGAUAUAUGCCGAUGCACCACCACAUCAUCCGACAACGGCUGGUUCUUCUUGGACAACAGAAGUAAAGAACGUCAAAGAAAAGGACUGGAUUCGAUUAUGUAAACUUUAUCAACAAACUGGCUGUACAGUAUUUUCAAUUAUUAACACAGCACAAUUUUGUACAUCAUCAUUUUACAUUCUGCUAAGUAAAUAUACGCAAGGCAAAACAUUAUUUUUAACAAGUGCAAAUGUAAAACUAUUUCAAAAUGUACAAUUAAUUUAUUUUUAA